GUUCGUCUGUUGACUCCGUUUGAUAUGGGCGGAAUUGUUUAAUUGUUGUGCUCUGCUCUACUAUUACUAUUGACAGGUUAAGAUGUCAAGCUAUAAACAUAAGUCUGGAGCUUUGAAAAGAAAGCUCCAGAAAGAAAAAUUAGAACAAUCUGCUAAAGGUCGCCAGGAUAUUAAGAAGUUUUUUAAGAGUAAUGAAAAAGAAGAGUUGCAAGAAUUUCAACCGGAUUUCAAUCCAGAACCUACAUCAGCCUCACAGACCCAACCUUCUUCAGCUUCAAUCCAAAAUGCUUCUACGUCUACUGUAUGUGAGGGAAGUAAUGACGAAUGUGCUAGUGCUGAUCCAAAUCUUAGUAAGGAUACUGUCGAUGACAAUAAAACUUUUAAUUUUGACGAUCCUAAUACGUGGCCUGCGGUGAUGAGUGAUAAAAUACGGCAGGAAAUAGUAUUGUGCUACGGUGGUUUUCAAGCUUUUCAGGCCAGAUCAAAAUCAUUUCCAGCUGACCCCUCAGGAAAACAUUUCCAUGAAACAUUGUUGUACAUGAAAACAGACAACAGAACAUGUAAAGCAAUUCCACGUGAAUGGUUAAUGUGGAGUGAAACAAAAAACAGCAUUCAUUGUUUACCCUGUAGCAUUUUCCAUUCAAACCAAAACAAAAGUAAACUUGCAAAAGAAGGUUUUUUCCCUGAAAAACAACAAUACAAACGAUUAUACAGGUUAUUUUCGAUGCAUGAAAGAAGUUCUGAGCACAGAAAACACUACCUAGAAUGGAAAAGUCUUCAGAUAUCAUUGAAAGGACAUGGUGUCGACAGCAAUCUGCAACAGAUUAUUAACUGUGAAGCAACAAGAUGGAAAGCUAUUCUUCAACGAAUUUUGGACACAACAAUAUUCUUGAGUAGUAGAGGUUUAGCUUUCCAAGGGGAAAAUACCCAGAUCGGUGAUGUUCACAAUGGAAACUUUUUAGGAGUAUUGGAAUUAAUAGGAAAAUAUGACGAAGUAACUCGUGAACAUUUAGCCAAAGUAAAAGAAAACCAGUUGAAUAAAAAAAGUAUGAUAGGUCAAGCUCACUAUCUCUCAUGGUACUCGCAGAAUGAAUUUAUUUCUCUCUGUGGUAAAAAACUACUGAAUACUAUUUUGCACCAACGAGAAGAGUCUGUAUUCUAUGGGAUUAUUGCUGAUGCCACCCCUGACAUUUCCCAUCAGGAGCAGAAUGUACUAAUUCUACGGUAUGUUUUUCAAAAUGAAGAAAAAAAUACAUUCGAAGUAUGUGAAAGAUUUAUUGAAUUCCUGAACUUUAGCGGGAAAACAGGUGAGGUUAUAACUGAUGAAAUUCUGUCCGCUUUAGACAAUAUUGGAGUACCACUUUCUGACUGUCGAGCUCAGGGAUAUGACAACGGCUCUAACAUGCGGGGACACACUAAAGGUGUACAAUCAAGAAUACUUGAAAAAAACCAGUCUGCUAUAUUCUCUCCCUGUGGAGCACACUCGCUCAACAGAGUUGGUGUCAAUGCUGCAAAACUGAACCACGACGUAGUGACAUUUUUUGGUAACAUUGAUAGUUUCUAUUCUUUGUUCUCCAGCAGCCCUGGUCGUUGGGAAUUAUUAAAGCAACACGUCCCUUUGUCUUUACAAAGCCUUUCCGAGACUCGUUGGAGUGAAAGAAUUCAAGCUGUACGACCAAUUGUCAAACAUUAUCCUUCGAUCCUCAAGGUUUUGGACCUGCUCCUGGAAGAAAAUCAUUUGCCUACUUUGACUCCAGCUGCCAGAAACACAGUUUUCGCGCUGAAGAGGUACUUUGGAUCUUUUAAAGGCCUCUUGACAUCAUUGUUUUGGCACAAAAUCUUGGCCUCCAUUGAUCAAAGAAAUGAGAUCAUACAAAGGAAAGGAAUUUCCUUAAACACAGAAACUCAACUGAUUAAAGAUUUGUUAACUGAAUUGCAGACCCUAAGAGAUUCAUGGGAAACCAUUCUUAACGAAGCAAAACACGUCGCCGGUGCAGUUGGCAUUAUACCAGAAUUCCCUCUCAAAAGAAAAUCUAGUGUUGAAAAUACGCCCGAGCAACUUCAGCAACAAGCUUCACAGGACUUCAAAUCUUCUGUGGUCUUUCCUGUUUUGGAUUUCAUCAUGACUGAUUUGAAAACCAGAUUUGCAAGCUGUGAAGAAAUUUGUAACCUGUUUGCUCCAGUGUUAGGUUUCAUGGAUCUAGACAACGAGGAACUGAAACUUAAAACUGCCAAUCUCGUUGCAUAUUACCCUUCAGACUUUGCUGAUCCAGAAGCCCUAUUUGAAGAAACUCUUCAUAUGAAGAAUUUAUUUGUAACAGUGUUCCAGUCAGAAAAGGACCCAUUGAAGCUUCUAAACUCAAUAUAUGAGAAAAACCUCCAGCCCAUUUUCUUGAACCUGUGCACAGCUAUACGACUUUUCUGUACAAUCCCAGUGACAGUUUCAACGGCUGAAAGGUCUUUUAGUAGGUUGUCUAAUUCACUUAAAACUUGGCAACGAAGCACAACUGGCCAAACUCGUCUGAACCAUCUGGCAAUGUUGGCAAUUGAGAAUGAAUUGGCCAAAACUGUUGACUUUUCUGAUGUUAUAAAUGAUUUUAGUGAAAAGAAAGCUAGGAAAUCUAUGAUUAAAUAGACUAUCAAACAUCAAA